GCAGAGAGGGAGGCUGCCUGUUGUGCUCUCGCUGUUGAAAUCUUACUGCACCCUUACAGAGGAAAUUUUCCUCCUUUCUCCUGCCCUGAAUGCUUUCCCAAACAUGAAGGCAAUCAGUUUAUUCAUUUUUGUGGGAUUUAUGGGAGAAUUUCAAAGUUUUUCAAGUGGUUCCUCUCCAGUCAAUUGCCAGUGGGAUUCCUAUGGCUCUUGGUCAGAAUGCAGUGGCUGUACCAAGACACAGACUCGUAGGCGGUCAGUUGCUGUUUAUGGGCAGUAUGGGGGCCAUCCAUGUUCUGGAAAUGCUUUUGAAACACAAUCUUGUGAACCUACACGUGGAUGUCCAACAGAGGAGGGAUGUGGAGAACGUUUCAGGUGUUUCUCAGGUCAGUGUAUCAGCAAAUCCUUGGUUUGCAAUGGGGAUUCUGACUGUGAAGAAGACAGUGCUGAUGAAGACAGAUGUGAGGACUCAGGAAGCAGACCUUCUUGUGACAUUGAUAUGGCUCCUCCCAACAUAGAACUUACUGGAAAUGGUUAUGAUGCACUCACUGGCCAGUUUAGGAACAGAGUCAUCAAUACCAAAAGUUUUGGUGGUCAAUGCAGAAAGGUGUUUAGUGGUGAUGGAAAGCGUUUCUAUAGAUUGAGUGGAAAUAUCCUCUCCUACACAUUCCAGGUGAAAGUGAAUAAUGAUUUUAACUAUGAAUUUUAUGACAGUAGCUGGUCUUAUGUAAAACAUACAUCAACAGAACAUACAUCAUCUAGUAGACGCAGUUUCUUAUUUAGUUCAUCAUCAUCUUCUUUACAUAGUCAUACUUCACAUAAUAAUGAAAUCCAUAAGAAAAAGAGUUAUCAACUGAUGGUUGUUCAGAACACUGUUGAAGUGGCUCAGUUCAUUAAUAACAAUCCGGAAUUUUUGCAUCUUGCUGAGCCAUUCUGGAAGGAACUCUCACAUCUUCCCUCUCUGUAUGAAUACAGUGCUUACCGAAGAUUAAUCGACCUGUAUGGGACACAUUAUCUGCAGUCGGGGUCCUUAGGAGGAGAAUACAGAGUUCUAUUUUAUUUGGAUUCAGAAAAAAUCAAGCAAAGUGGUUUUUCUUCAGUAGACCAGAAGAAAUGCACUUCUUCAAAAUUCCAAUUUUUGUUUACCUCAUCAGAGCAUUCAUGCAAAGACCUGGAAAAUGCUUUAAAAUCAGCUUCAGGAACUCAGAAUAAUGUGUUGCAAGGGGACCCAUAUGUCAUCGGAGGAGAGUCAGGCUUUAUAGCUGGCCUUAGUUUCCUAGAGCUGGAUAAUCCUUCUGGAAAUAAAAGGCGAUAUUCUAAGUGGGCACAAUCUGUGCCUCGUGUUCCCCAAGUCAUCAAACAAAAGCUGACACCUUUAUAUGAGCUGGUAAAGGAAGUACCUUGUGCCUCUGUGAAAAGACUGUACUUGAAACGGGCUCUGGAGGAGUAUCUGGAUGAGUUUGACCCCUGCCACUGCCAACCUUGUCAAAAUGGUGGCAUGGCCACCAUUGUGGGGACUCAGUGUCAGUGCCAUUGCAAACCGUAUACAUUUGGUGCAGCGUGUGAGCAUGGAGUCCUCGUAGGAGACCAAGCAGGAGGGAUUGAUGGAGGUUGGAGUUGCUGGUCCUCAUGGGGCUCCUGUGUUCAAGGGAAGAAAACUAGACUCCGAGAGUGCAAUAACCCUCCUCCCAGUAGGGGUGGGAAAUCCUGUAUUGGAGAAACCACAGAAAGCAGGCAAUGUGAAGAUGAGGAGCUGGAGCAUUUGCGAUUACUUGAACCACAUUGCUUUCCUUUGUCUUUGGUUCCAACAGAAUUCUGUCCAUCACCUCCUGCCUUGAAAGAUGGAUUUGUUCAAGAUGAAGGUACUGUAUUUCCUGUUGGGAAAAAUAUAGUAUACACUUGUAAUGAAGGAUACUCUCUUAUGGGAGACCCUGUUGCUAGAUGUGGAGAAGAUUUGCAAUGGCUUGUUGGGAAAAUGCAUUGUCAGAAAAUUGCCUGUGUCCUGCCUGUCCUAGAGAACAAUGUGCAGAGCCUUCCCCACAAGCCUUUCUAUGCUGUUGGUGAGAAGGUUACCUUUUCCUGCCCAGGUGGCAUGUUCUUACAAGGUCCUUCGACAUUUCUCUGUGGCUCCAGCCUGAAGUGGAAUCCUGAGAUGAAGAAUGUCCAGUGUGUGCAGAAAGACUCUCCUUUAACACAGGCAGUGCCUGAAUGUCAGCGCUGGGAGAAACUGCAGAAUUCAAGAUGUGUUUGUAAAAUGCCCUAUGAGUGUGGAUCUUCCUUGGAUGUGUGUGCUCGAGAUGAGAGAAGCAAGAGGACUCUGGCCCUGACAGUUUGCAAGCUGCAUGUACUUCGCUGUCAGGGUAGGAAUUACACCCUCACUGGCAUGGACAGCUGUGCUGUGCCUGCUACAGUCCAGAAAGCUUGUGGUGCAUGUCCACUGUGGGGAAAGUGUGAUGCCCAGAGCAGCAAAUGUGUCUGCCGAGAAGCAAUGGAGUGUGAAGAAGAAGGGUUUAGUAUUUGUGUGGAACUGAAUGGCAAGGAACAAACAAUGUCUGAAUGUGAGGCCGGUGCCCUGAGAUGCAAAGGGCAGAGCCUGUCCAUCACCAGCAUAAAGCCCUGUGCUGUGGAAACCCAGUAGGCUCCUGAGGGCCCUGGUCAACUUCCUGGGCUGCACUGACACACCUGUAUCACUGAACACUUAGAUGCUUUGCCAGCAUGGAGGCACAUUCUUUCUACUUCCUUUCCAUUGGGUUUCCUCAAUAUAAACUAUUUAAACACACACACAAACACACACACACACAUGUAUAUAUAUAAAUACAUAAAAUAUAUAUACAUGCACACAUACAUAUACAUAUAUAAUUUAUAUAUAGCAAUAUAUACAUAUAUACAUACAUAUAUAUAAGAUUUAUGUAUAUAUAUAUACACACAUAUAUCAAGCUACUAUAUAAACACACCCUUUGUUUUCCCAAAUGUGAAUGCAGAUACUCUUGUUUAUCUUCCCCUUUUAUGUUUCAGAAUACAGAAUGUUCUUGAACCUUUGCAUGAACUAGCUGUGUGUUCUUGGAAAAAUGGUGAACCUUUCUGGACUUUGACUUUUUUUUUUUUUUUAAUCAAGAAAACUAGAGGAUUAGAUUAGAGAAAUUUGAAUGCUCCAUUCAUCUGUAUGAUUCUAUUAAAAUGAUUGACUCAACUCAUGGGCCAGAACACUACAAAUUGAUUAUGAAAACAGAAGGAACAUGAUUUCCUGAUUAGAGAGAUUGGCUUCCCUCAUUGAAAGCAAAUAGAAGGGGAUCUAAAUAGAAAAAGACAGAUACAAUUAUUCCCAUCCUGAGUCGUAAUCUCACACUUCACUCUAUUGAGUCAACUGCCACAUGUAGCGAUCCCUAUUCUUGUCAGGAGAUUGAACCAUUUAAAUGUCAGAGCAGAAUUCAUUAUGCUGUGGUCACAGGGGCACCUUCUGCCUUGUUGUCUGAGAACAAAUACAAUUCAGUCUUCUCUUGGGGGCUUUUGUUUAGAAUGUAUCAAACACAAGACGUGCAGUUCCUCCACUCUCCUUUUGUGAAAGAAGCAUCAGUUCAUGCCUCUGCAUUGAGCAUAUUUGAGAACAGUUUUCCCUCAUGUGGAUACAUGCCUAGGUUUUUCAGGAGGGUAUGCAGCUCGAAGCAUCCAUCUUUUAUUCAUUCUUAAUUCACUUUUCAUCAAUACAAAAAACUAGUUGGAGGUGAAAUGAGUGGGCUUAAAUAUAAUUUAAAAUAUGCUUUUAUAUACAAAUACUGCCUCUAAUUUCUGAUUCUGGUGAAUAUGUUUCAACCAAGCUUAA